AUGUCGCGCCUUGAAAUGAUAUAUUUAAUGCAAGUAUCUCUAUAUCUCCCAACACUGUCCGAUGUAUAUACCUUUAUUCAAGUGAACCAUUGCGCCAAUUCCGCAGUGACUUCUCUUAAGGUGAACCCGUGGUUUACUCUAACACAAGACAUUGAAAGGUUUUACGAUUUAUUCCACCCCGACACGUUGAACUGCAACUUCUUACCAAUAUCUUUUGAUUAUCUUUUAAAACCAAUUUAUAUCAGAAAUUACAUUUUAGAAGGCACUCCUGAAAUGAUCGAAAAAAUAACACCAGAAAUUUGUGAAAAAAUGACAAGUUUAAAUAUUAUGCGCACAUUUGUGAAUAAGAACAACACCCCACAAAAACUGUUUCAAAUGAUUAUAGAAACUUUUCGCCAAAAGAUAACUAUGUCAAUCAACUAUUUCAUAUAUUUUAUCGACUUCUUUGAACAGUAUGAAACUCGUGACAACUUUAAAAAGAUUUUCCCUAAAAACGUUUUUGUUAAUUUUGAUAUGAAUUUUGGGUCAAAUUCAUUCGGGUCAAAUGCAUUUGGAACAACAACAAAUGGACCCAUUAAUAUUCCAUUUAAUAAAAUUAACGAACUUCCUUUAAAAUAUGCAACACAAAUUGAUAUUGAUUGGACAAAUAGUGUGUCAUCAAUGGAUAAAGUUACUUUGACACAAAAUUGUCGAAAUUAUUCAAACAAUAUUAGUAUAGAAUAUGCAGAUUACUAUACACCAUUCAUCAGAGACAAUUCGUUGACAUUUCAAACAAAAAAUUUGACGCAAAUUUCUGAUUUGCAUAAAGUUGAAAAAAUCAUUGGAAAAAGUGUUGCAACAAAAAUUACUUUUAUGGGUGGCGUUUGUGAUUUGAGUCUUUUGCAAAUACCAAAAUUCGUCAAAUCAAUUUCACUAAAAAAUGGAUUUACACCAAACUCAUUUGGAGUCGAACAUAAACAAACCAACUUUGUGAUGCUUCCUGAUGUUUUGAACGUUGAAGAGUUUGUAACAGAAGGUGUUAAUUUCCAAUUUUCGGAGGGUUUUAACACUGUUAAAAAGGUUGAAAUAACAAACGCCAAAAUAGUUAAAAAUAAACGAAUGGAACUACUCGAAAAGUGUAAUAAAAAACGUAUUUGGGAGAACAAGCAACAAUUUCCAUUUGCCAAUGUCGAAGAGUUGAAAUUGGUCAAUUUUAGUGAUGUUUGUUAUGAACAAUUUAAAACGUUACAAAAACUUUCACUUUUUAAUGUAAGAAAUGUUGAGUUGUUUAUUAAUAAAGACUGUGCAAAAAAUAUUACUUGUACAAACUGUUCUAACUGCAUUUUAAACAUCGACUGCGAAAGUUGUGAAACUUUUGAAUUCAACAUGUGUCCAAAUUUUACAUUCAAUUUCUUGAAUACCAAAAAUACAAAUUUAAGUGUCAAAAUAAUAAAUUCUUUAAAUUCAAAAAUCUCAUUGGAAACAGAUUUCAUUAAGUCUUUGUCUGUCUACGAUUCAACAAAUUUUGAAAUAGCGAAAAACACUAAAAUUGGGAAGUUGGUGAUUUCAAAUUCGACGCUCAAAAAGAAAGUUGGUGUCGAAGCAGAAGAAGUUGUAUUUGAAGCCUUGUUGGAAUAUGUAGAUAUCGAUUUUACCCAUACAAAAAGUGUGUUGUUGUUCAAUAUCGAGAAUUUUAUAUUUUCAAACACAUUUGAUAAAUGUGAAAUUGUUAAAAUCGAGUAUUGCCGUGACUGCGAUUUUAUUUUUGGUGAUUCAAAAAUAGAACAGCUGGGAAUUUUUUCAUCGAAAGCAAUUGAUUUUAAAGGAAAUUUUAACUCCCUUCAAAAAGUAGAACAUUAUGAUUCAACAUACACUUUCCCAUCGGAUUUCAAUUUAUCAAAACACAUAAUUUGUCUUUCAAAAUUAAAUGAAAGUGAGACUUGUGAAUUUAGCACUUUAGAAAAAUAUGAAGAAGUAAAGCAAAAAUGUUUGACAAAAGACGACACGCUUUUUUUAAGAACAUCUUCACUAAGAUACCCCAAAACAACAGUUCCCCCAAAUCAAAACAAUUUUAAUUUGUUCCAAAUGAAUUUUGGAAAUAACAGAAAUAGUUUUGGAUUUAUAGGACAACCCGAACGACGAAAUAUUUUUAACGAAGUUGUUGAUGCACAACAAAGUUAUUGUAGUGUUAAUCCAACACUUCCUCCAAAUGUUACAACUGAAAGUGUUACAAUUAAUAGUCACAAUUUUAUAAUCAAAAAUUGUGUGUGCACAGCACUCAGUAUUGAACAACACGUUGAUUUCAUUCCAAAUUUGAAAAUUGAAAAUUUCAUUGGGGAGUUCCCAAAUUUCUCUACAAGUGCAUUUGGAAGAGUAGAAAUGAAAAACUGCAAUUUUGUCGCACCUUUUGAAUUUAUGAAAAAUAACUUCAUGCUCAACGUGGUUGAACUAAAAAUUCACCAGUGUACCAACUUUAGUAUUGGAUUGAUGAGUAAAACAAAAGAAGUUGACAUUGUCGAGUCAAAUGGGUAUAUCAUUUUUUCGUAUGGGCUGGGAAAUUUCAACCGACUCAACUUCGAACGAUCUCAAAUUCAAACGUUUAACAACUCUGGUUUGUAUGAAAAUGUCAACGAUUUGUGUUUUGACUCAACCGAAUUUCCUUCAUUAUUUGAGAAAAGAUGUGUGAACAAUUUGGUGAUGAAAAACAUUGAUAAUAUACCUUACCAAAUGGCUAUAAUGUCUAAAUCGGCAACUUUUGAAAACUGCAAAAAUCUUGUUAUUACUGUUGGGAAUGAGACAGAACACGUCGUUUUGAAAAUGUGCAAAAGGUGUUUUGUGAUGUCGAAGAAACCAGAAAUCGUUACACAAAUAAAAUGUGAUGAUGUCGAAAUUUUUGAUGAAAUGACUGCGCUGACACUACGACUGAAUCAAGUCAAAGCCGCAAAUGUUCCACAACAAAAUCAAUUUGGAGCACCAACGGGAUUUGCUCAAAAUGCUUUCCGUGGUGUUGAGACUGCAUUUUUUAAAAGUGCCAAUUAUGUUCAAUUAUUUUCAUAUACCAAUAGAGAAUAUCGGAUAUUAAACGAUUCAAUUGUAAACAUCAAAUCAAAUUACACUGAUAUUUUAAAAGACGCCGACGGUUUAUGUUAUUUUAACACGACUUUCCAAGGUCGCCCAACACCAGUCCGCCCGUUGAAAUUUCUGCAAUCAUUUUAA